CUAGUCCAGACCAUCAUGGACAAUUACAGGGCCCUCUUCGGGCAGGAGAAGGGCAAAGAAGAGAAAAACUACAUGGUUGUCAGUAGAGGAUGCUGUCAACAGCGUGGCCCCGCAGAGGAGGACUGUAGAGGGCCUGAAAAAGAGGUGGAAUUACAACACCUGGCAGGAGAUCACAUCAGUCCGUGGACUUCCAGUGGCUCGUGACUCAGGGGUUGCACCCACAGCACAUCAUGCUGCACCUCCUGUCACAAGGAUCCAAACAGCCAUGCCACCACCACCACCAAACAGCCAUGCCACCACCACCACCACCAGUAUUCAGGCAACCGCACUAACAGUAUGCUCCCAGACAUGAGUAUGGUUGGAUGGCUUCAGUUGAGGACCCGGGAGUGAUGCCAUUGCCAUAUGACCCCUGGCAAGAUUCCUGGCCAGAGGAAUAUCCUUCCUUUUGUUUUGAGGGGGAGCCAAGACAGCCAAAAAGGGUCCAUGUAUUUACAUGCCCCUCAUCACAAUCUCAUGUCAAUCAUGGAUAUUACCCACAGACUAUGUCACAAGAAGUGCCGAUUGUAGAGCCUGAGUGGUCACACACUGGUCAUCAGUGGGGCUACCAAUCAUCCAUGAGAGCUCCACCAUCCUCUUUCAUGGGACGUGCUCCACCAUCCUCUUCCAUGGGACGAGCUCCACCAUCCUCUUCCAUGGGACGACCUCCACCAUCUUCUUCAAUGUGAUGAGCUCCACCAUCCUCUUCCAUGGGACAAGCUCCACCAUCCGCUUCCAUGGGACGAGCUCCACCAUCCUCUUUCAUUGGAUGAGCUCCACCAUCCUCUUCCAUGGUACGAGCUCCAAUAUCUGAAGAUGGAAAUACAGCAGAAACUACAGCUCCCCCUCAAGCAGCAGAAGAUACAGCUGAACCUGACCCUCAAGCAACAGAAUAUACAGCUGAACCUGACCCUCAAGCAGAAGAAGAUACAGCUGAACCUGACCCUCAAGCAGCAGAAGAUACAGCUGAACCUGACCCUCAAGCAGCAGAAGAUACAACUGAACCUGACCCUCAAGCAGCAGAAAUACAAUUGAACCUGACCCUCAAGCAGCAGAAGAUACAACUGAACCUGACCAUCAAGCAACUGUCAGCCCUGUUGCUCAAGAGCCUGUGGAUGAAUUAUAUUCUCCCCUGUGUGAGGAAUUCAUUGCACUCCAGAGGAGGCUCGUCACAAGCACUGAGAGCAUAAAGAGAGGCCAAGAGAGGUUCUUCAGGAGCCAAGAAAGCUUCAUCAAGAGCCAAGAGAGGUUCUUCAGUGGCCAAGAGAGGUUACACAAAUGUAGCAUAGAGCUGCAGAGGGAAAUGGCAGCAUCGUUAUUAAAACCAGUCACAGAUGAUGCGAAUUCUGUCUGAUAUGCAGAUGCAGAUGGACAAUAGAUGGAGAGAACAGAAUCAACUCUUGUGUGUGUUGGUUGAGCACUUUACACACCAGCAGGACACUGCCUCCAGCCUAUCAUCUGUGACCAGCAGACCAGCAGAAACACCAGAAUCUGCUCAAACAAAGAGAACAGUGCAAUCAACUCAGCUCCCUCAUCCAAGAAGCCAAAAAAAUAAAAAUAUUAUAGUUCACCAUAAA